AUUAUCCAUCUCCCAUUAUCAAAAUGAAGUUCAUCCUUACUACCAUGGCCUUUGUCGCCGCCGCUGCCAUGGGCGCCAUUGCUACCUCUCAGGAGGCUGUCACCGUCACCGUCACUGUCACCGACUGCGGCACCUCGGGUUCUGAGGGCGCCGGCAUCUUCAGCACCUCCAUCAGAACCAUCACCGACUCUGCCACCGAGAGCAUCCUUCCCACUCCCAUCGGUCCCGUCAGCGAGAGUGUCUUCAGCUCCAUCGGCGAGAGUGCCACCUCUACUCUCAUCGUCUCUGCUACUGGCACUACCAUCGAUGUCAUCUCUCCCACUGGCACUAUCUCCAUUGUCCUCGAGAGUGUCACCCCUCCCCUCAUCGGUGUUUCCAGCGCCACUUCCAUCCAGACCAGUCUUCUCACUACUGCCGUCACCUCAUCCGAUCUGGUCUCUCCCGACACUGCUUCAUCUGACUUCAGCACUUCGUGGAAGACGGCCUCUGCCUCUGAGACCGGCCAUACCUCUACCUCGCCGUACUUCUGCCACUGCCACUUCCACCACAGUCCUUCCAACGACGCCACGAUCACUAGCAUGGUUGGCAUGACUUGCAUCGUGGCAGUCCUUGCUGCUUCGCUCUUCAACUUUGUU